UCCUUUUGUCUUCAGCUCAGGAUAUAAUCCUUGGAAGAUGGUGACCAUGAAGAUCUUGUCUCUGCUGCUAGUAUCCCUGCUCCUGGCAGUGGUGCUAGGGGAGAAGGAGAAGGGUCACUCCAGCUCUCUCCCUUCCCUGUCUCUCAGACCCCACCCUAAGGUCAGCAGCCCUCAACCUCGAGGCCCGAGAUAUGCUGAGGGGACUUUCAUCAGUGACUACAGCAUUGCCAUGGACAAGAUCCGCCAACAAGACUUUGUGAACUGGCUGCUGGCCCAGAAGGGGAAGAAGAAUGACUGGAAACACAACAUCACCCAGAGGGAGGCCCGGGCCCUAGAGCUGGCCGUUCAAUCCAACAGGAAUGAGGAGGCAAGGGAGAAGCAGAGCUCCCUACCCAAGACACCCAGGGAUGAAGAUUUGCUAAGGGAUUUGCUGAUUCAGGAGUUGCUGGCCUGGAUGGUAGAUCAGAUGGAGCUCUGCAGGCUCAGGUUUCAGUGACUCUGACCAAACCCAGCUCAAGACUGGACUCUGCCUUUCACUUACUCAGCUCCUCCCUCAGCCCCACUCCAUGAUACCCAAAAUGAGCCAAGCUAAUAAAGUUUAAGCUGAAAUAAGUCUCUGUGUCCAUCAUUAGAACUUAUUCAAAUACCUGCUGAACACUGGGAGUCCUUGGGUGGCACAAAUGGUUAAGUGCCUGACUACUAAUCAAAAGGUUGGUGGUUCGAACCUGCCUAGAGGCACCUUGUGAUCUGCUUCUGAAAGUUCACAGCCUUAAAAACCCAGUGGAGUGGUUCUACUCUGCACACAUGGGAUCACCAUGAGUCGGAAUUGGUUUGACAGCAACCAACAACAACUAAGUAGUCACAGGGCAUGUUUGUCUGUGUGUAUCUAUAAGUGUGCAC